GGAACAUUUGCUCAGCUGACAGCCCGUGCCAGAAUGGAGGGAGCUGUCACACCUUUGACAACGGCACGUACUCCUGUUCUUGUCCUGACCACUUCACUGGAACAAACUGCUCUCUUCCUGACCCGUGCUCUCCGUCCCCCUGCGGAACUGGAGGAGAUUGUAUUAAGGUGUCUGAGACUGAAGCAAACUGCUCGUGCUAUACCGGUCGUUACGGCUCGACGUGCAGCGAGGUUAACAUCUGCGAGCUCGACUCCCCCUGUCGCCACGGCCAGUGUCUUAGCCUCGGAAACAGUUCAUUCACCUGCAACUGCAUGUCCUUUCUAUACGGGUGCCUUCUGCGACACAUUCAACCCGUGCCUUUCGAAUCCGUGCCAGAACAACGCCACAUGUCACAAUAACAACGGUCAGUACAAUUGCACUUGUUCACCGGGUUACUACGGUGCCGAAUGCCAGCACUACGGUCGUUGCUAUGGAAACCCCUGCAAUAAAGGCAGCUGCAACGAGAAUAUAACGGAGCCGUUAUGCAGCUGUCCUUUAAAUUACUACGGUUUCUACUGCGAGCGGUAUGAUCCUUGUUUAAAUGACCCUUGCGGAGGUCACGGAAAUUGCGUUGGACGGCCUAACACCACGACGCAAGGAGAAGAUGUGGACUUUGUAUGCUUCUGUGCAUCAUUAUGGAUGGGUGUACGUUGUGAGAAUGUCAACUACUGCUACCUGAAUGCCUGCAAGAACGACGCGAUAUGCGAAAAUGAACCGCCAAACAAAGUCAGAUGUACGUGCAGUCCCGGCUUUUAUGAGGCAGACUGCUCACGGUACAAUCCUUGCGAUGCUCUCCCAGGCGUUCCUCUGUGUAAGAAUGGUGGCACGUGCUACAACACUACUGACGGCAACUUCAGCUGCGAUUGUCAAUACGGAUAUUUUGGUUCUCAGUGCCAGAGAAGAGACCCCUGCUUACCAAUACCGUGCAAAAAUAAUGGCACCUGCACCAACUUAACGGACACUCAGUUCAGCUGCACUUGUAGUGAGGAGUACACUGGUGACCUAUGCCAAGUCUUAGUUCUUGACCUCAUGGAGGCUGGUCGCAGACUCUCUCUGCUGAAAAACUUGACCUCAACUCCAUCCUCGCUGGGAACUACGGACGUGGACAGCAUUACGUCAGCGCUAGAGAAGCUGUACAGCUUCACGCUGAUAAAGCAAAGCGUUGCAGAAGACAUGAUGAACGUCAUCAGUAACCUCGCUGACGUCAACAUUUCCAUCACUAACGCCAGCAACAAGAUCAACGCCACAAGUGAUCGGCUGCUGAAGCUGCUCAACGAUUUCAGUGCUGAUGUCAUCGUCCGGAACGGCAACAACGUCACUAUGACGUCACCUAAUUUUGAAGUGGUAGCUGUUGACGUGAGCGACGCAGCGUCAGACGUCAUGUACAUCCCGUCCAUCGCGACAGGCGGCAGUGUUAAGCAGCUGGAUGUAACGAUCACACUCCCUCGACAAGCUCUGGAGCUGGCCAGAGGCCAAGCGUCUUCACUGACCGUCACAAGGGUGCAACUCGCUGGUCACCGUAAAUCUCAGUUCUUUAUCCCCAGCAACCAUGUGUACAGCGAUGACGUCAUCCAGACCAAGCCGGUGAUAACGGCCACCAUCAAGGGGAGGGAAAUCGUUAAUCUAACCUCCCCCGUCGUGUACAAAAUACGGAAUCCGCAAGCAUCGUCAAACUACACCUGUGUGUUCUGGGACCCGGAUAAUCACGCUUGGUCAACAGAGGGUGUAGUAACGGUUUCAAAGAGCGGCAACUACACCGUGUGUCAGUCAACUCACCUCACUAGUUUUGCUGUUCUCUUGGAUACAUCUCCUGACUUUACUCUCAACAGCGCCCACGAGAUGGCGCUAACCUACAUCUCUUACAUCGGCUCGGGCCUGUCCCUCCUCUGCCUGGUGGUAACCACCUUAACCUACAGUCUCUUCAGGAGUUUGAACAAGGACAAGUCGGGCAAAAUUCUCCUGAACCUGUGUGUGGCCCUGCUGUUGCUGAACAUCGUGUUCCUGGCCAACGGUCUGAGCGCCGGAAGUGACAACAGCACCAGAGCCAGCUGCACGGCCGUGGCAGUUAUUCUGCAUUACCUUCUCCUGGCCUCGCUGGCUUGGAUGCUGGUGGAAGCAGUGGAAAUGUACCGAGCCCUUGUCACUGUCUUCUCCAAAUACGCGCAGUGCUACAUGCUCAAGCGUUGUGUGGUCGGCUGGGGGGUGCCAGUCGUAAUAGUGGCGAUCACACUGGGAAUUUCCAGAGAACAUUAUCACUCCAGUGCAGGCUUCUGCUUCCUGUCGAGGUCAAGCCACGUAGCUUACUACGCCUCAUUAGUCGCCCCAGCUUGCCUCGUUUUGCUCGUCAACACUGUUAUCUUCUUUAUGGUCACAAGGGUCAUCCUUAAGCCGAGGUUUCAGCAACAGAAGGAAGGCAAGGAAGGCAUCACGCCUGGACAGGUACGCGGAGCCUUCACCGUUAUGUUCCUGCUGGGAGUGACCUGGGUCUUCGGACCACUGGCCAUCAACGAGGCUAAAGUGGUUUUCAAUUACUUGUUCUGCAUCCUCAACUCACUGCAAGGCUUCCUCAUCUUCGUCUUUCGCUGCCUCUUUAACCCCGAGGCACGACUGGCGUGGGUGCAGCUGAUCACGACGUGUACCCUUAAGAAGCGGCGUGAACCGGUUCGAUCUGGAAACUACACGGAUUCGUCAUCAAAGAGUGACUCCCACCCGAAGUCCAGCGCCACGGAAGAGCGCCACGGUCGCCACGAUCGCCACGGUCGCCACGGCGGCGGAGGUCACGGGGGUAGCAGGGGAGACAGCUACGUUGAAGAUGACAGAUUAUAAAAAUCGUUCACUCGGCUGAUUUCCUUCAUUAAACAUUCAGUCUGGCCAGGGGUUCUCUAUCUUCGCUCGUCCAUGCUGGAGUCGCACAUUUCUUCUAGCGGCCUUCAUAGCUCACAAUGUUCCAUGCUAGAGAAUAUGCAAUACAUACGUCUAAGCUUCAAGAGGCCGAUGAAAAAAAUCGAGCUACGGAAGGUUUGAUUUUAAGGAAGUUGACAGAAAAAAGAACAUUAUUUUCACGUGGAAGUUCAAUUUUAACCAAAUGUUCAUUUCUUGUCAUUCUUUUAAAGUCACUCCGGUACCCUGCGGAGUCGCGAUUAUCACCCACUUGUUUCCUACACAGAAAGGAGAAUAUGGGAGGGUCGAUGGGGGAGGAGCGCAGGGUCAAUGGGGGAGGAGUACACGAUUUUCCACUUUCCGACGUAUUUUAAAUGGUUUCAACAUGCUGACCGGCUUAAAAUUAUUCGAAAAGUUUUUGGCUAGGCCGAUUCAAGCUACGAAAGUUGAAUAUGCAUUGCAACUAACUAAUUGAUGUAUGAAAUUCGAGUUCGGGAGAAUAUUUCGACCUUACAGAAGUUUGACGGUAUAUGUUAUUCGGGGAACUCAUUUAAAUGAAAUCGUGCUUAAUGAAGUUUGCAUUUCACCUAGAUUGCAGGCAAAGAAAAAGAUUUUGAUAUCUUUGUUAGCCUAAUUUCUCCUGGUUAUAUCUGUACUGCCGUGGAUCACUAGGAUUAAGCUCCUGCUGACUUGAUGACACAGUAGUAUGAUCAUUCCACUGUUUCUGCCUCUAUCCUAUAAACCGAUGCCUCACGCAGAAGAAGCUAUUUAAGCCUCAAGCGAGAUCCGAACCUAAGAACAACAAUCUUGCCUUGGUUGCAAGGGGACAAACUCUUGAUUGAGGAUGGCCAAAUGUUUUAUUUACACGUCACCUGAUUAUAUUUUAGAUUUUCGGAUUCUGACGCAUUUACAACUAUGAUACUCCAUGUAUCGGUUUAAGUUAACGAUUUAACUUGUAAUAGAUGGACAUUCCCUCGUUUUUUUAAGAGAGUGGUCCUAUUGGCAUCAGUACACGACUGGUCGUAAAAUAAACAGUAAAGCUGAUGGACUAGCUUAGAAGUAGUACAGUAGGACUGAUUGUAAAAAUAACCCAUGAACAAUACUUCUGUAGCUACUGAUACAAUUGCAAUUUCUGUUGCUUCUAUUCAUACUUCUGCUUCUAGGUUUUUGCUGAUCCAACAUGGCGCUCAUAUUUAAGCAUGACCACUAAACUUACAGAUCCUAAAGUGAUGUGCUGACACAUAAACACAAUCUUCUGUGGAGUAAUAACCAACUUGAGUCACAAGGGCGAACAGCAAAAUUCAGCUUAGAACAAAACUCGUGAACACAGAUAAAGAACAUCAAAAUAGUACUAAUAGCAUGUUAAACGGUAGUAGAAUUGUCACAGAGGGGUAACAUGAGACUAAACAGCCAGCACAGCAAGGGUGGCCGUGCCUCACCUUUUAGGAAGUGGGAAAGAAAGGUGGAGAGCAAUUUAAUUAACUUUCGCCCACCAGCCCUUCACUUCCUAAGGAGACACGGCAAGUGGAGGAACGCUAGGUGUGGGGGGAGUGGAGGCUGCAUCUGCCUAGAAAGGUGCGGUAUUUGUAUUUUCUGCACCUUAGGCUUUUGUAUUUUGGAUUUUUUGUAUGCUUUUCCCUUUAUUUCUUUUAAAUAUAUACAUGUGUAUAUACAUAUUGUUGUAUCAAUUGGCGCAGUCUGCGGGCCGGGAGAUGGGCCAUGGAGUGGAGGGACGUGAGUGGGUCUGGCUAAUGCCAAAAAGUAUUUGAAGAGUUUUUGUUGUUUUGUUUUGUGAGUUGUUUAAGAGUUUAUUGGUAUCCUGGAGUAUUUGGCCCACUAAAGUUUGAGGUCGCUCGUUCCCAGAGGCAGCUUCAUUUAGUGUAUAAUGUCUGUCCCCGAGUGUAGGCGUCAGUGGUGUUUUGAGUGUCUUACGGUUUAAGAUAAUUUGUGAGUGUGUGUGUGUGGAAGAUAUAUUUUUGGAUUCUGGACCGUUAGUUCCCAUUAACUGUUUGUACAGUGGAACAACAAUUACUAAUGACUAAACUUGAGAGUAUUAUCCGAUUAGUCAUCAGUGAUAGCAGUGUUGUGCAGCUCUCAAAACUUUAUUUUUUUAUGUUUAAUAUUCAACCAA